AGUGCAGAGAGGAAUAUGGUGUCGGAAAGAUUGGAGAACGUCACUCAGACCAUCUCCAGACUCCUCGAAGGAUAUGAUAUCAGGCUGAGACCGAAUUUUGGCGGUGAACCAUUAUUCGUAGGAAUGGAUUUGACAAUAGCGAGUUUUGAUGCAAUAUCAGAAGUGAAUAUGGAUUACACAAUCACACUGUACUUGAACCAAUAUUGGAAGGACGAACGUUUGGCCUUCAGCAGCGACGAUGAGGUUUUGACCCUAUCGGGAGAUUUUGCAGAGAAAAUAUGGGUACCAGACACAUUUUUCGCCAAUGACAAGAACAGUUUCUUACACGAUGUCACAGAGAGAAACACACUACUUAGACUGAACGGAGAUGGAUCAAUCACAUACGGAAUGCGAUUCACCACCACUCUAGCUUGCAUGAUGGAUCUCCAUUAUUAUCCGCUGGACUCGCAAAAUUGCACCGUGGAAAUAGAGAGCUACGGAUACACCGUCAAGGACGUAGUGAUGUACUGGAAGACGACACCAAAAUCCACCCCCGUCCGGGGGGUGGAAGAGGCCGAGCUGCCUCAAUUCACCAUCAUCGGGUGGGAGACCAACGACAGGAAGGAACGGCUCGCCACUGGCAUCUAUCAGCGGCUGUCGCUGUCCUUCAAACUGCAGAGGAACAUCGGCUACUUCAUCUUCCAGACGUAUUUGCCGAGCAUUCUCAUCGUGAUGCUGUCGUGGGUUUCCUUCUGGAUCAAUCACGAAGCUACCAGCGCAAGGGUAGCGUUAGGUAUAACUACCGUUCUAACCAUGACCACCAUAAGCACAGGUGUCCGUAGCUCCUUACCACGAAUAAGCUACGUGAAAGCUAUCGACAUCUACCUGGUAAUGUGCUUUGUCUUCGUUUUCGCCGCUCUUUUGGAAUACGCAGCCGUCAACUAUACUUAUUGGGGAGCCAGGGCAAAAAAGAAGCCGAGGAAACCCAAGGAGAACGAAAAACCCGAACACGUCACCAAGGCAUGCCAAGAAAGAAACCACGAGGAUAUUAUAGAGCUGCAAGACGUACGGAUGAGUCCUAUCGCUUCAAUUCGCAAUAGGCAUAACACCAAACCAUAUACCUGUGACAUUGAUCCCUCCAAAUUCCCUCCAAGCUUUCGCAUAUCAAGGACUUCAGGGUACACAUACAACUACAGGACCACACCUGGAGUCAGGCACAGAGGAAACAAAGGCAACAACUUCCAUAGGCCCAAAGUGUUUCACGUCUUGAAGAAAGGAGCUCUGGUUAUCAAAUCGUCCAUGCCGAAGAUCACCGAUGUCAAUGUCAUAGACAAAUACUCCAGAGUUAUCUUUCCGGUGACAUUUAUGAUCUUCAAUAUCGGCUAUUGGUCGUUUUAUUUCUUCGAGUGAUGAGGACUGUUUGAGUAGCAAUUAUAAUUGAACAGUGAGCUUAGGAAGACAUGAUAUACAUAGGGGCAAAGAAUAGAGAAGACAAGCCGCCAUUAUUAUAUAGGAGAAUAUUUUAAUCUUGUAUCCAUUCCUUUGUCCACGAAAGCGAUUUUGCAUAAUAUUCAAAAAAGGAUGUUGACGGAAUCCUCGUGUGAAUGUACCAAACAUGUGAAGUAUUUACAUGUUAUCAUUGUUAUCAUUGUCAUUAUAUGCAGUUUCUAGCCUACCGACCGUUUAGCAUUGCUAAAAAUCGUAAUAUCGCUCUAUCAAUCGGCAAAUAAUUUUACUGAGUGCCCCUUGAACUUCCAGAAGAGAUACAGUAUGGAAGAACAGGCCAUCAGAAGCCAACAGAGCCGGCGAGAGAUAAGGGUGGCACCAAAUUUUCUUGGAAAUGUCCGUCAACUUUUGACAGAUAUUUGUUCUUAUUUAUUCGACUUAUAAUAACACGACACGAAGGUCAAAAAAUGACAAGGUUU